GAAUUUGCUUUCAUUUAGGCCAUAUAUAUUUCUUAAAUAGGUUAAAGUCAUAGAGAUUUUUUUGGAAUAGCAUUUCGCCCUGGAGCGGUGCGCAAUGCUAUCUCAUGCCGACCUCCUGGAUGCUCGCCUCGGUGAGUUAACAUCACCAAACUCCGGUCUUCAACUCUACUGGAUGAAGGAUGCCGCGGCGGAGCUCCUGGGCCACAGGGAGGCUUUGAAGUGCAGGCUCAGCGGCGGGGGUCCUGACCCGGGACACUCCGGGGAGCUCGGCCCGGGCCCGGACGGCGUGGAAGGGGCCACGAUGCUCCCGGGCGACGAUAUCAGCAGCGGCGGGGGAUCCAACCCGGUGCAGGUGAACAGCAAGGAGCAGGAGAAGCAGCAGCAGCAGCAGCAGCAGCAGCAGAACAGCAGCAACCCGAACCAGUCCGGAGGGCAGCAGAGCCAGAAACAGAAGCGGCACCGAACUCGCUUCACUCCGGCGCAGCUCAACGAGCUGGAGAGGAGCUUCGCCAAGACGCACUACCCGGACAUCUUCAUGCGGGAGGAGCUGGCGCUGAGGAUCGGCCUGACGGAGUCCAGAGUGCAGGUCUGGUUCCAGAACCGACGCGCCAAGUGGAAGAAGCGCAAGAAGACCACCAAUGUGUUCCGCGCUCCGGGGACGCUGCUGCCGACGCACCACGGUCUGCACCAGUUUCCGUCCGCCGCGGCGGCAGCGGCGGCCAUGGGCGACAGCCUCUGCUCCUUCCACUCCAACGACACCCGCUGGGCCACGGCAGGGAUGCCCGGCGUGUCUCAGCUGCAGCUACCGCCGGCUCUGGGCCGCCAGCAGGCCAUGGCACAGUCCCUGUCUCAGUGCAGCCUCGGCGCCGGGCCGCCGCCCAACUCCAUGGGUCUAUCCAACAUGUCGUCGAACGGCUCCGGGCUGCAGUCGCAUCUCUACCAGCCCACUUUCCCCGGAAUGGUACCCGCGUCCCUGUCCGGCCCCACCAACGUGACCGGCUCGCCUCAGCUGUGUAGCUCCCCGGACAGUGACGUCUGGAGAGGGACAAGCAUCGCGUCGCUGCGCCGCAAAGCGCUGGAGCACACAGUAUCCAUGAGUUUCACUUAGUGAGCCGAAGAGCUUUUCUUCCACUCACACAGAGAUCUUCUGCAUUCAGUUCUUAUCCAUCCAGUCCAUCCAAACGGUGCACCGGGAGAAAUACAACCAGGAUUCUUGUUCAAACCACAAAUCGCAGCUACACCUGGCACUUUCCCUCCCAACCCGCAGACCAGAGGGAGUCAUCCAUCAGGCCGUGUGGCCUCUAUUAACCAUAGGGCUGGUUCUGUUUAAGCUAUAAUUUAUUAUUUCGCAUGUAGCCUAUGUCAACUAUUUAUUUGUCUAUUUAAAAUGAGUUUGUUCAGUAUUUAUUUAUUUAUUUGGCACAGGCAGCCCUGCCUUUACAGGGCUUUCAGUGACAUUUGCUUGGUGACUGACGGUUUUUGAAGACAAACUCUGUGGAUACUUUGAAAUACAAGCUUAGGCUCCAGAUUGUCCCCCUCUGCUGCACAGCAUGCAGCUCUAAAGGGCCAAAGGGAAGCACAGUGGACGUGCAGAAACAAGACACCUGGAGGUUUAAAAGAGUGAGAAGAUGAAAGAUUCACCAGGAGAGAGAAGGAUUUGACAGGAAUCAGGACAAAGAGGAAAAAAGACUUGAAUGCAUGUGCUGUCCAAAGCAAAAAACGGGGGAAAUACUAUAAAUUAAGACAUGGAAACUGACUUAACUAUAAUCUGUUAUAUAGGAUGUUUUGUGUAGCGGAAGCACUCUUGUUCCCAUUUGGUCAGUUUGUGAUAACUUCUGUUUCCAAAAUUAUGUCUGUGCUUAUUCUCAAAUAUGACUUUCUUAAAUGUUUGAAUCAUUUUUGUUUCAUGGACAUGUUUAUAUCAAUUAAAUGUAAAUGGUCAAAUAAAAAUCAUUUUCAAUUAUGUCA